ACUCGUGUGUUCUUCGCAGUCGAACGGUUCAAUGACUUUGGCGACCAGUUUCUAUUUUCUCUCUGGUUCUGUCGUCGGGUCGACCCGCAAGGAAGGGGGUCUUUGUUUGCGUUUCACGUUCGCGUCGCACGGUAUCAUCUGUGACGGUUCUAUCGCAUCGUGUCCGAGACGGAAUGUGUCCGCAUAAGUGGAAGCGUGGUUUUCACUCGUCGCGGUCUAUGUGAAAUGUCGUGCAGUGCCCCAGGGUGGCUCCGUCUAACAGUGCAAGUGCAGUGAGGUGCAGUGGUGUGUACGAGCGAGCGUGGGUCGGUUCGGCCACGGCGAGCGAGGUGCGCGGAGGUGGCGGCGGCCGUUCGGCCAUGACCGGCGACAUGCCUCUAGGGAGCGCGCACGCGUUCGGGCGCGCGUUGCUCCGGGACGGGGCGCUGCCGCCGCUGGAGCCCGGUCCACCCGCUCCACCGGCGGCCAACGCGCAGCCGCCUGACAAGCGCCCACCGGCUGCGGCCGCCAGCCCUGAGCAGGUCAUGAAGCUCUAUAUGAACAAACUUACCCCAUAUGAACAUCGUGAGAUAUUAAACUACCCCCAAGUGUACUUCAUAGGCGCGAAUGCUAAGAAACGUCCCGGUCUCGUCGGUUUUCCGAACAAUUGCGAGUAUGACAACGAGCAGGGUUCCUACAUUCAUAUACCACACGACCACAUAGCGUACCGAUACGAGGUACUGAAGGUUAUAGGAAAAGGCAGUUUUGGCCAAGUGGUAAAAGCCUACGACCAUAAAAAGCGCGAGAAUGUCGCCCUGAAGAUGGUACGGAACGAAAAGCGUUUCCAUCGUCAGGCGCAGGAGGAGAUUCGCAUACUCGAACACCUCCGCGAACAAGACCAGGACAACACGAUGAACGUGAUCCACAUGUUCGAUUCCUUCACGUUCAGGAAUCACACAUGCAUCACCUUCGAACUUCUUUCUAUCAACCUUUACGAGCUGAUAAAGAAGAAUAAGUUCCACGGGUUCUCCUUGCAGCUGGUACGCAAGUUCUCGCAUAGCCUGCUCCAGUGCCUACACGCACUUAACAAGAACCGAAUCAUUCAUUGCGACAUGAAACCUGAAAAUGUACUGCUGAAGCAACAGGGACGCUCUGGAAUCAAGGUGAUUGAUUUCGGCAGUUCAUGCUACGAACACCAGCGUGUUUACACAUACAUACAGUCGAGGUUCUACCGCGCUCCCGAAGUGAUGAUGGGCGCUAAGUAUGGCAUGCCAAUCGACAUGUGGUCGCUUGGGUGUAUAUUGGCGGAACUACUCACAGGUUUCCCCUUAUUGCCCGGCGAGGAUGAGGCUGAUCAAAUGGCGUGCAUCAUAGAAUUACUCGGAAUGCCUCCCCAGAGGCUCAUAGAACAGGGCAAACGCUCGAAAAACUUCAUAAGUAGCAAAGGACUGCCGCGGUACUGUACGGCGUCCACGCUCGCCGACGGAACUACAGUCCUUAGUGGUGGUAUGUCGAGAAGAGGCAAGCCACGAGGUCUCCCAGGCUCUAAGAGCUUCGUAACGGCACUCAAGGGCUGCCAGGACAAAUACUUCAUCGACUUUAUAAGACGAUGCCUGGAAUGGGAGCCCGAGAAGCGCCUCACGCCGGUGCAGGCGCUGCGACACGCGUGGCUGCGCCGGCGCCUGCCGCGGCCGCCGCACGACGAGGAGCCCGCGCCCGCGCCCCCCGCCCCCGCCAACGUUAGUAUCGCGCACCACGUCAAGCGCCUCGCGCAGACCAAGUGCAAUGACAAAUAGACGGGCGCGGCGGGCUGCGGCGCGGCGUGCGGCGCGCGCGGCGGCUCGCUGCGCACGCCGCUGGCGCGCACUCCCGUCACCUUCAACGCGUCGCAAGUCGCCAAAGCAAAAUUACAAGCCGCACUAUCCGAGGACAGCAGCGGCAUGAGUGGAUCGGUGGGAGGCGUGGGGGGGCGCUACUGGACGGCCGGCAAGUUGCCGCACCUCCCGGCGCCUUCCUAGCGCCCGCCCUCCGUGCGUCGCCUUGCCAAGGUCUCAUCCCUGGAGGCUCCUCGGCGAGCUGGCGUCGUCGGCGCGCGCCUCGAGCUCGAGCGACGCAGCCUCGACCUCGAGCGCGAGCUGCGCGCCGACCGCGACUCCGACGCGUCGCUCGACGACCGCGACCACCUCGUCUGAUCGCGCCCCCCGCCGACGCGCCGCGCCCCCCCGCGCCGGUGACCGCGGGCCCCGCUGGAGCGAGGUCACCUACCGCUGCGGACACACCGCCCGCCUGCGCCUCGAGCCCCGCGAGCCCUACCGGCCCGGCGGAUCCCGCUUCGGUUCCGGCAUCAGAUCUGGCCGGCGCCGGGAGAGUGUCGAGUUCGGUCGGUCCCCCGACUACCACGCCGCAGACGCGCAAACCGCAGAAUAUGUAAAUGUUAGGAGUAGUUUCGCUAAACUCCGUGCGAAUACGUCCGAUUUGUCGUCGUCCGAUAGCAGAAGAAGUGACGAGAGCGUUAGAAGGUACAGCCUCAAUCUUAGCGACACCAGCUCCGAAAUGGCUGAGCCGUACCGAAGGCAUGACGGGCGUUCUUCCUGUUGGAGUCUUUCGAAUCUGAGUGCAUGCUCCUGUCACGACCAACGCGCUGAAGUACAAUCUGGCACGCACAGACCAAUUAAAUCAGCAGACAAUAUUCGAAAACUCCAACGGGAUAGCAGUCUGUCUUCCCGAGGCACGCCCCGACCUUCCACUUCUAACUCUCGCCGACUGGGAAGUCUAAACAGUGUUAUUUGCUGUCAGCCUCGAGAGAGUAAAGAUCAAUUCACAGUCGAAAGUACCAGUAUCGACGCAAGCGAGGAUGACUCUAACUCAAUUAGAAAUAGUGUUGUACAUUGGACCAACUCUGUGGAAAAUCGUGUCUGCUGUUCUGAAACAUUUUUACACGGCGCUGUCUUCGGUCUCAAAUGCUUAAAAUAGCACGAAUACAGAAGCGAAACACAAUGCAGUCUGUGGUGGUGUGGCGUAAGGGUGGUGACGGGCCUGGUGUCGGACGACAGUGAUGACAAUAGUGUGUAGUGUGGCGAUAAUACCCGCUAUUGCCUUAUAAAGCGUCCUUAGUCUUUCAGUGUCGACGAAUGCUUUGUACAGAUUAAAUAUACCCUACACUGCCUAGCGCCUAUGACUUCGAAAAGGUUUUAGAUAUCGUAGACUUUAUUACUUACGCUUUAAGAUCGAAUAUUGCAUUUAAAAUUUUAUAUUAAACGUCGUAACAUUUAGUGUAAAUUAUUAUCGGAAUAUGUAAUGAUGCAAUAAGCUUUAUACAUCGAAUGAUUGGAAGUGUAAUCUACAGUAAAGUUAUAUUAUAAAAGAUUUCGAUUCUCUGCAAUCGACACAGCGCACGAAUAGACCAAUCUGUGUCGUUUGAACAGAAUCAUGUAAUUUACGUUCAUAAAGGCUCAUGUUCCUAAGUGUUUAAUCAAUAUUUUGACGCUUAUAACGCAAUAGCGGGGCAAUAAAGAACAAUUUCGCUUGGCGGCGAGCGUCCAAAUGAAUCUAGUGCAUAGAGGCAAAAUUGAUCUCAGUAAAUAAAUAAAGACUACAAAAACGUAUAUUAUAUGCGGACAUCUAGUGGAAUUGUGCGAGUAACGUGUUUUACUGUUUUCUAUGUAUUAUACAUGUAACGUAAGGACGUUUGUGAGUCGAUCGUGUCGAUGUUAGUGCCUGCUAAGUCUUGUUUAGUGUUAGGAAACCUCGACCACUGUUUAAGGGAACUCUUUGAACAUUUUACCGAAAAACGACUUGUAAUUUCGAGAGUUGAAUUUUUUUUCACGCUUCAGUUUGAACGUGCGUUGUGAAAAUUCGUAGAAUCUUGUCGCGUUUAACACAAGAUUUUAACUGAAUUUGGUUUGAUGUCACGCGUAUUUGUGCGCUUGUUUGAGUUCGUCGAAGCCACGGAGCGUCAAUAAUUUUAAUAUUUCUUUUUGAAAAUUCUCUCUCGAAAGCCGUAGUUUAAGCUAUUAUGUGUGUGACUAAAAAACGAUUUUCUACAACAAUUAUAAUUUUUCGUUUUCUAAUUUUAAUUUUACGAUUUGACUUAAGUCUCUAAUAAGUUAAUCUCUCAAGUGAUAUAGUGUCGGCGACCUUAUAUUCGGAGUUCUUAAACGAUUUAAGGUUAGUUAGUCGCAAGGCCUUUUUUUAUGUAGUUGAGGAAACUGCGAUUAAUUUGGUGGAUAAUAGUAUAAAGGAUGUGAUGGGUUGAAAUGAUUUAUACAGUGGAUAGAAGCGCUUAAAUUCGCACACAGCUGUUACAUAAAAAUAAACUUUAUUGCAAAACGUUAAAGUACAUAAUCACUCGGUUCAUUAUUAAACAAAUGGUUCCUUUAUUGUUAAUAUCAUCCCAUUAUGCAUGCACCAGAUAGACGUUACAGAAUGUAUUGAUAGCGACGUGCAAUCUAAUUUAGCAGCGUAACAUCCCUCGGAACAUCUCAGUGCAAUAAUUUCGACUCGUUGAACGUCUCGUUUUUUUGUCUUCCUGAAUAUUUGUAAUUUUUUACAAAGGCCUAUAUUAUCUGUAUAAUCGACUAAUGCAUUUUAUUUUUCAUAUAGUUUAUAGAUAAUUCAUUAUGUAUGUAAUUACAUAAAUUAUAUUAAUUUCAAUGAAAUGCACAUUAUGAGUUAAUGCGUUCGGUCCUUGCGCAACUUGUGGUAAACAUGGUUUAUGAUGAUAUUUUUUAGUUAUAAAAUGAAAUUCGUUCACAGAAUCAAAUAGUGACUAAGAGGAAAGGAUAAUAAAUACUUUAUUUAGUUGUAAUGAAUAAAUAAAUUGUUUUUAUUUCGAUGAUUUUGCGCGUACCGUUUGAUUUGGUAAUAGGAAGUCGAAUAUAUAUUGAGAAUUGUUUUAAAUUUAAUAGUUGAAUAAUCUUUGAAUUUUAUUUCAUCGACUGUAAACUAUACUCGAUAUAGCAUUUUUUUUGGCUACUUGUAUUAAGUUGACUGCCCUGCGUUUAUUGUGCUCAAUAGUUUUAUAUCAUAGCUAACACAGCCGUUUGGUGUUAUUAGUUUAUUUUUUUUUAUCCGAAUAGCGGUUUAAGGUAUUUAGUCAAUUAUUGUAAAGCUUAUUUUACGAUGGCUUCGUCUGGGAGGCAAUCCACGAUCGAUCUUUUCACAUGUUAAAUGAUAUAUGUGACGGUACAGUCAGCAAAAAAAAUAAUUGCAUAGUAAUGUGUACUUUUGUUGUAUAUUUUUUUUUCUCUUUGAACAUUAUGUAUGAACAUUGACAUGAUAAUUUUUAUUGACAUUUCUAAUGACAUGUUUAUUUGUAAAAGAAUGUCAAUCGAUAUCGAUAUAUUGAUAAUUUAGUUGAAAUAUUAUAAAUGGUUAAAUAUAUUGGUUGUUUGAAGUAUAUAUUUUUGUAGCUGACUGUACACGAAUUAUGUAACGUGGAAGUCGACAUGGAAUUAAAAUUGUGAUAGCUUAUGAUAAUUAUUGCGUUUGUAUGUCAUUGAAUAAGCUGUGAGGUUAUUGUUAAAUAAAUUAAUUAUCGGUAUUAUAAGCGAUGUGUUUGUGAAGUAACGCACAAGUGGUAUGAGAAUACAGGUUUGUGUAUACUAAUAGCUUAUAGCACCUUCGUCUACAGGGUGUUCACUAAAGUAAAUCAUUCUAUCGACGCCUCACAGCCUCAUAAGCUAUCUGCUUGGCAAUGAUCAGUAUUAAAUCAUUCACCAAGUCUCAUUCAACUGCCAAGUACGUUUAAUUAUAAGUAUAAUUUGCUAUAUCCCAAGGUUAUGUAUAGCGGACCCCUAGUUACUAUUAUAGCUUUCGUUGAAUGCUGCAUUUCUCUUUAUACUUAGUUUAUUUGUGAAACAUUGUGUUCUCAUUUUGUAUGUAAAGCUGGUGUUUCACGUCUUGAAACUCGUAGCGACAAUGUGAAUACUAUACAAUUUAAAUAAAUGAAUUAUAUAAAUAUG